UGUCCCCGACUGCAGUUUGAUCCCCAAACAAGCCAUUUUUUCUGUUAAAGAGCAGAACCCUUUGCAAGGAAUUUGUCUGGCGCGUUCUAUUCUGCACACUAUCCCCCCCGCCCUCCCCAGCCUCCGCACUUCAUCAGAACUCGCACUCCUCCAGCUGUCUCAUCCCCCUGCAUUCAGGCAGGUUCUGAUUACUAUGCGUUCUCUAGAUGUUCAACUCCUGCGGUGACCCAACACCCCAGAGGCGGAGCGAACGAGCUGAGACGUCAGGGCAAAAAAACCCAUCCCAGCCAUGCAAGCUCUCCCUGGGCUCAGCUGCUCCCAGCCCACCUCCAUGGCUUGUGUGACAGCAUCGGGGCACAGGAGCCGCGCUGAAAUGCAGUUAGCAGCACAGCUGGGAGACAGGCAAGGAGGCGAUGGGCCAGUGACGAAAAUGAGCUUCCCCUGAGCUCGCUGGUCAACUGCGCUGCCUCCGGGGGGCCGGGGGCUUCCCCUUGCACAGUGCCGGGCUCGGGGCGAGAAUACCCUGCGGUGCGACUCCGUUUCUCUUGGUGACUGCGGUGUUUUUCCCCCCUUUUUUUCUCCCACUCCCCGUGUCCUCUUCUCUAGGAUGGCGGAGGCAGAAUUGCACAAGGAAAGGCUGCAAGCCAUAGCUGAAAAAAGAAAAAGACAGACUGAAAUAGAAGGCAAGAGGCAGCAGCUUGAGGAACAGAUCCUUCAGCUGCAGCAUUCCAAGUCCAAAGCACUCCGAGAAAAAUGGCUGCUACAAGGAAUGCCAGCUGGCACUGCCGAAGAAGAAGAAGCUAGAAAGCGACAAUCUGAGGAAGAUGAGUUCAGAGUUAAAAAACUUGAAGAUAAUAUUCACAGGUUGGAGAAGGAAAUACAGACCCUAGAAAGUGAAGAGUCCCAGAUAUCUGCCAAAGAGCAAAUCAUCCUAGAGAAACUAAAGGAAACAGAGAAAUCUUUCAAGGAUUUUCAAAAGAGCUUUUCCAAUACGGAUGGAGAUGCAGUAAAUUACAUUUACACCCAGCCCCCUGACUUGCCAAUUCUCUAUUCACGAACAACAGAAUCAUCUCCUGAGCAAGACGGGACGAGCAGGGUAGCUGCUGUGUACGCCAUGGAAAUUAAUGUGGAGAAAGACAAACAAACAGGAGAGACCAAGAUUCUCUCUACAUCAACCCUUGGCCCAGAGGGGGUCCAUCAGAGAGGAGCCAAAAUCUAUGAUGACGGUACCAAAGUAGUCUAUGAGGUGCACUCAGGAGGUACCGUGGUAGAGAAUGGAGUGCAUAAACUAAAUUCAAAGGAUGUAGAUGAACUUAUUCAGAAAGCUGAACAAUCAAGCAUAAGAGGAGGACAUGAGGCAAAGGCUAUGUUGGAGAGGACUGUGAUAGCUGAUGGGAGACUCAGCCACGCAAAGGAACAGAUGCUCUGCAAGGAGGCCAAGUUAGAAAUGGUCCACAAAUCUAGGAAAGACUAUCCUGCAGAGAACCUAGAACAACAGGCAAAAGCCAUUAGAGCUGAAGUCCCCGACGUGAGUGUGGACCAGCCAGUGACCAUGAUUUUCAUGGGCUACCAAAAUAUAGAGGGCGAAGAGGAGGCCAAAAAGGUGCUAGGCUACGAUGAGACCAUCAAAGCCGAGUUGGUGCUCAUUGAUGAAGAUGAUGAGAAGUCACUCCGGGAGAAGACGGUGACCGAUGUGUCCACUAUUGAUGGAAAUGCAGCUGAGCUUGUCUCUGGAAAGCCCAUCUCAGACACCACAGAGCCCUCUUCCCCUGAGGUGAAGGAGGAGAGCCUGGCCACAGAACCAGUCCCAGGAUCUCAUUGGGACAGUGUACUGCCAUGUGGUGAUCAGAAAACCUUCAAUCCAUUAGAAACUUAUGUAGAAAUGACUGUACAGAAACCGCACAAGCUUCUUGAGGAUAACAUCAGAUUGACAAAAGGUGGAGAUCACUAUAGUGCCAAUCUGCUGGGACCUCCCACCAGCAUUCUUUCCCCUAGCAACAAGAACAUGGAAAUAGAAAUCCCCAUUGCAGAAUGUAAAAGUGUCUCUGGGGUUUCUUCAACAUCACAUUCCAUGGACAGUUCCUCUCCUUUUUAUUCCCCUCAUAAUGGCCUCAUCUCAGACCACCAUGAAUCUCUGGAUAAUGAGGUGGCUAGAGAGAUCCAGUAUCUAGAUGAAGUGUUAGAGGCCAAUUGUUGUGACUCUGCUGCUGAUGUGACUUACAAUGGGAUAUCUUCACCAGAGCCAGGUGUAACCAUCACUGUGGGUAGCCCAGGUUCAUCUGUCCACACAACAAACCCCAUAGAACUCCCUGAAAGGGAAGCAGUUCUUCUUGUUGGCAGGCAAGCCCCUCCUCGCAUAGAGCUGAGCCAAGGUGAAAUCAUGGCAGACACCUUCAGGGCAAAUGGUCACUCUCCAGAUGGGCAGAGGGAUAGCCUUCAAGCCCCAGUGAGCCCCAGUUCUUCAACCAGUUCAAAGGGGUCUUUCCGAGAUGGGGAGACCACUCUCACCACUUUGAAGAAAGAAGCAAAAUUUGAAUUGCGUGCCUUCCAUGAGGAUAAGAAGCCAUCCAAACUUUUUGAGGAUGACAACAAUGAGAAGGAAGCAUAUAGGGUCCGAAAAGUAAGGCCAUCAGAGGAGAUGCUGGAGCUAGAAAAAGAGAGGCGAGAACUAAUCCGCAAUCAGGCAGUGAAAAAAAAUCCUGCCAUCGCAGCCAAAUGGUGGAACCCACCCCAGGAACCCACCUUAGAGGAACAACUGGAUGAUGAGCCUCUAGAGUCACAUAAAAAGUAUAAGGAACGCAAGGAGAGGAGGCAGCAACAAGAACAGCAGCUGCAGCAGCAACAGCCGCAGCUGCCACCACAGCCUUCCACAAUUCCAGCCUCCCCUAAACAGACAGUCUGCUCUUUUGAACUUGGAGACCCAUCCAGUGGUCUGAAGGAGGAUGUUGUCACAGAGCAAAUAGACUUCUCUGCUGCAAGGAAGCAGUUUCAGUUGAUGGAGAAUUCCAGACAAACAGGAGGCAGGGGCCAAGGAGCACCCAGACUAUUUUCCAUUAAACCCUUUUAUAGACCUUUGGGUUCCAGCUACUCAGAUAAGCCGUCCACCAUCACAAGACCAGUUUCAGUUGUGGGGCGGAUGGAGGAUGAUGGGAUAUCUGCAGCCAAGGGACAGAAGGCCUCCUGUGUUCCAGAGAACCAGCUUUUAGGAAGCCAAAACAAUACAGUUAGUCCUGAGAAGGAAUCUCCCUGUACUGACCCUUCAAAACAUGUGCCGUCAGCCAAGCUGUGGGCAGAGGAGGGAGAGUUUACCAGUGCUCGAGCUGUCUUCACAGUGGUGAAGGACGAGGACCCUGGCAUCUUAGAUCCAUUUACAAGGUCAGUCUAUGUCUCUUCACCCCCAGAGGAGCUGGACUCUGGUUUGGAGGAGCUGUCAGUGAGAUCUCAGGGCACCACGGUGCUGGAAACCCUGUCCAAUGACUUCAGCAUGGACAACCUCAGUGACAGUGGUGCAUCCAAUGAGACAAUGAAUGCCCUCCAAGAAAACUCCUUGACAGAUUUUUCUCUGCCCCAAACUCCACAGACUGACAUCCCCUCCGAGGGACGAGCCGAAGGUUCAGUGUCCAAGUCAUUCAGUGACCAUGGUUUUUAUUCCCCUUCCUCCAUGCUUGGAGAUUCCCUGCUUGCAGAUGACCCACUGGAAUAUCAUGCCGGUCUUUUGGUGCAGAAUGCCAUCCAACAAGCCAUAGCUGAGCAGGCUGACAAAGCCAGCAAAGACCCAGCUGAACAAAAAGGGAGCCCAGGAGAAGCCCAGCACAAAGUUGGGGCAGUGGUUCCCUGCUCAGAGAAACCUCAGAGCACAUUUAAGCCACCUCAAGUGUCUUCUCCUGUUCAAGAAAAAAGAGAUGUAUUACCAAAGAUGGCAACAGCUGAAGACAGAGACCUCAGGGAAGAGACGGCUUCCCAACAAUUCCCCGCUGUUCAUUCUGUUCAUCCAGUCCACAUCGAGGAGAGCAGGCCAGAAGGAAGCUACUUUAGCAAGUAUUCAGAGGCAGCUGAGUUGAGGAGUACAGCCUCCCUCUUGGCCACUCAGGAGUCAGAGGUGACGGUGGGACCCUUUAAGCUAAGGUCAAGGAAGCAGAGGACUUUGUCCAUGAUAGAAGAAGAGAUCCGAGCAGCCCAGGAGAGAGAGGAGGAACUGAAGAGACAAAGGCAAGUCUUACAGACAACCCAGAACCUCAGAGUGAAGAACGCCUCCACCCUGCCCUCCAGAACAGUGUGCUACAAAACAGCACCCGGGAAAAUAGAGAAAGUCAAACCUCCUCCAUCCCCCACAACAGAAGGCCCCAGCUCGCAGUCUGAUUUACUUUCCGAAGAGGCUGCCGGAUCCCAGCGGCCCAAGAAUCUGAUGCAGACCCUCAUGGAAGAUUACGAAACACACAAAUCUAAAAGGCGCGAGAAAAUGGAUGAGAGCAGUUACCUAAGCAGCUCUGUGGAAAGUACACCUGUAAAUUACUGUCUAACAGCAAGGUUACUUCUGAGGUCCUUGAGGCAACCCGGGUGAAUCGUCGGAAGAGUGCAUUAGCCUUGCGUUGGGAAGCAGGAAUUUAUGCCAACCGGGAGGAAGAGGAGGAUGAAUAAAUAUUUCUCAAUCAAGUUCAUUUGGUGCAUGGAACAAGAAGAAACCCCCCCCCCCAAAAAAAAGAGAGAGAGAAAGAAAGAAAAGAAAGUAACCCUUUUUAAUGAAAUAUUUAUUAAGGAGUAAACAAGCUCAGUGAUUUAAACCAGAAAUACUGCAAUAGACAUCUUUGGGAGGAAACUUAAAAUAAAUUAGAAACUCAUCUAUUGAACUCUAAGCAUACCCCAAGGGAAAAAGAGAGCAAGAGAAGAUUCCUAUGACUUAUUGGAUUUAUCCAAAAGGAGGAUAUCACCACCAUCAAUAAGAACUGCCACAGCUGUGAUGCCUGCAGCAAGUAACUAUUGAAGGUCAAAGUAAUUACAAAUGGUGGAAACCUGAACAAAUCAAUGUGCUUCCCUCUAACAGGACUCCCUGCCUAACUUUGUGCUAAGGAAGAGCAAGCAGUCUAUGGUAGGCUCUAUCAAAAGAGCACAUCUUGUGCAGGAGCAAUUUAACAAGGCACAUGGUAUUCCUUUGGAUCCUCCUACAGUUUCAUUGUCCCCAUUCCCCAUGCUGUGCUAGGAACAUCAUGUUCACCCCAGUUACAGCCAUAAAUAGGAUGGUGUUUUUUUUUUGUUUGUUUUUUUUUAAAGAAUUUUCAAGAGGUAAAGUUACUCUCUCUUAAUUUAACUUUUUAAAAUCAGGACUAUCACUGCAAAAUGUACAAUCCAUAUUUUACAACCAGUAUACUUAAUAAAGUAUUUCUUCCUAUUACAGUCUCUUUUAGAUUAGGAGAUUGAAGAAUGGCAGGGAGGGGAGCCAACACAAAUGAAUUAUUUUAGCUUUAGGAUCCUGUCUGCUUGUAAUAUUGACUGGUCUCCAGUUCUUGAGGACAUAUUUACACAAUUAUGUUUCUUAAUAUAAAAAUCCGUAUUUAGUGGGCAACAAGUAUUUUUAUGAUGGGAAGAGGGCCAUGCUUGUAUACAGUCUUUACACAUUGAACAAAUGAUUCAGAAAGUUUAGGGGUGGGAGAAUAAAUAUAGUUUUUAGAGAGGCAAUAAUUGAAAACAAAGAAGGGCACAUUUUGACUUAAGGUGUAUUAAACAAGAAGAAAAUAGCUGUGUUUAUAACUAUAUUUUGUAAUGAUAAAGCAGGCCUUGAAGAGAGAGUGUGAGAAAUGGAAAUCUUUGUAUUUCCAGAAAGUGAAAAUUUUGAGAGGUCUUGAAAGUAGAUAAAAAAAGGUGAAAAAGAGAUGAGAGGGAAAGAGGUUAUUUUUGCUGUUCAGCCAGUGUUUUCCAGAAUGAUACAUGGGAAACACAUAAAAAUAGGACUUUGAAGGAUUGGAGUCAACUACAAAUACUAAAAUUGUGUGUGUGUGAGCGCCCAUAUACUUGCAUACACAAUGCAGUAUGUGUACUUGUGAGUAGGGGUGUGUGUGUGUGUGUGUGUGUGUGUGUGUGUGUGUGUGUAAAUUCCAAAAUGACCUUGGGUUAGAAUUGUAAAAUUAUUUUUUUCAGAGCUGUUUGCUAGCUAUGAGAGUGAUUGAGAAUUUCUUUUUAUGAAAAGGGAUAUAAAGGCACUGAGUUGAGGCAGUAUUUGUAAUAUUAAAUUGACCCAACAUGGUAUUUGCAUGAGGCCCAAAUGCAGUGUUUUGAGGCAGUUUUGUAAAAUGACUUUUAGAAAAAAGGAUUGUGGUAUUUAUUCUUGUGCAUUGUAUUCAUAGGUAGACUAGAGGAUGCUGGUUUUACUCUUUCAUUUAAAGCAAUAUAAUGGUGAUGUUCUACAAUUGAGUGCCAUAAUAUCUAAAUAAGAAAUUUUUAAAAAUCUGACAAUGAGGAAACAAUAACCUGCUUCCUUUUCUUCAUAACUAGUAUUUUUAUUUUUUUAAGGCAAUAAUUAAAAUUUAGUCUCAUUAAUAUUCACUUCUACUUUGUUUCUGGUAUGUCACAUGAUAUGAUAUGUGUUGCUCCAACAAGGAGCAAUUUCCAUUUAAAGUAUAUGGCAAGUCCACAAUGCAUCAUUCUUGGUUUGUCUGUUUUCUUAAGUAGAUAACAUAAGUGUUAACUUGGGGUAGUGGGAUAGGGAAUGUAAGCAAAAAUAAUAUUAACAAAGUGGACUGCCAAAGAACUGUCUUGUUUGAAGCCAAUUUUUAGAAAUGUGAACCAAAAAUUGCACCUGCUGUCCUGCUGUUAACCUGAUGUAUCUGGACCUGUGGAUUUUGUUUUGUUUUGUUUUCUAUAAGUAAUAAAGUAAAAUCUCUUUGAGUCCUA